ACAGAAACUGAAGAUGCAGGUGACGACAGGAGGGCUAGUACAAGCAGACAGAAAGCCUUUGAUUGUUGCCUGAAGCCACGCCCCUGCAGACUCCUCCCACAAAGAAUGACAAGGGUGUGAUUGCAACCUGAAGAGCGUUAGACAGGUGUUAGGACUUGGACUACGGGGAGAGUUGCUGAGCGUCACUGAGCUGUUUGGGGAGUUGCAGGAAAAGAGGCACAAUGAGCAGAAAAACAGUCUAUGAAACCAGAAAAAGUUCAACUCUGCUCAGUGACAGCAGCUGGAUCAAGAAAAACGAUGCUGAGGAUGAAGAUGUUGACCAAGAUCCAAACUUUGCUAAAAGUGUUCUGAGCAGCUACAGCCAAUACACUGUUUCAAGCUCUGGAACUGAGGAACUAAAAAGCCCCACAACAACAAGCAGCCCCUCAACAUCUGUGCAGGCUCUCACCAAGAGAUUCAGUUCAUAUAAUGAGGAUUCAAACAGCAGCACCCUCCCAUCUACCAAGAGUUCAAGCACAUACUACAGCAAAAGGACCUCUUAUACAGAUGAUCCUGCGGCAAGCUAUACAACCACGACUAUCACCAAAAGUGGUAACGCCACUGAGACCACCACUACCACCACCACCAAGUCCGUUAAAUCACCGACUCAGACUUUCACUGACCGGGUCCUCUCAAGCAAAUCGACAUCAUCAUACUCGUACACGCCCAAACCCAAAGUGACUGAGAUAAGGCCUGAGAUCAGCGACCAAAUUAACGAGCUGAGCUCCAUUGAAGAUUAUACCCCAGACUGCAAAUCAAACACGUCCACGACUGAGACGGUGACUGUGAAGACGAGCUCUGUCGACCCUGAGGAUAAACUCUACGAUACACUGAUUCCCCAGGCCAUCAGAAGCAGCUCCAUAAAAAGUGACACCAUACGAAGUACUGACACGGUAACGGUGAAAAGCAGCAAUAGCUACAGCUCCUACACUGAUGGCGGUCCGUCCAGCUACACCACCUACUCCACCAAAACCAGGUCAAGCGAUGACGGGUAUGACACCAUACUGACAAGAACAUCCAGUCAAACUGAAAGGUCAUCUCUGUCAUCUCCAGCUUCCUACCAGACCACCAGCUACAGCUCUUACAGCGACGAUCUUCCGUCUUCCCGUAGCUCCUACACCAUCAAGUCCACUGACGACUACACCAGCAACCGUAGGCCCUCCAGCCGGUCAGACAGCAGCAGUUCCACUUCUACUGUCUACACAUCUUACAAGACCAGCAGGUCUGAUGAUGGUCUGUCAGAUGCCCCCUACUCUAGAACCUCCAUCAAGAGUACAUACUCAACUCUUGACAGACCUGUGCUUGAGAAAGACCUGUGCACCUCCUGCCGUAAAGUCUUCAGCGGUGACGCCAAGAUGGUCCUGCCUGACAUGAAAAUCAACUGCCAUGCUUUCUGCUUUAAAUGUGGGGUGUGUAACAACUCUCUGAGUCACCUGAAAGCCGGCGACACCAUCUGGGUGUACCACCACACUGUGCACUGUGAGAACUGCUUUGAAGCCACUAGAGCAAAAUGGCGUCGUUGAGGUUACCUGAAGCUUCAGAUGAAAUUACAAGAAGUGAUUUUUUUUUUUUUUUUUUUUUAAUCACUAUAAUUUUGGUGACACUGGGCAAACGUGUACGGCUGGAGUGUUGUUUUGGGUUUUUUAGACUUGAGGUGUAACUGUACUUUAGCUUUUCUGCAAAAGGUUUCACACUGUGUUCACAUCUCAAUCCUCUUCUUCAUACUUAACAAUAUUUCUAUAAUGCUGUGCCGUCUCAAACCUGUAGCCUUGAGGGCAGUCUUGUGCUGCAUGUGAGGUGACAUGAAAUAAUACAAUAUUGAAGGCCGGGGGCUUAUUCUGUGUGCAAUAAUGGCAAUCAGUUUAUCUAUUAAAUGAGAUAAAACAUC